GUCACUCAACACCCACGUUGAUAAUACUGCCACCCAAACAGCUCGCCCUCUGCGGAGGCACGAGUCUGUUCGCUAACAUAUCCAUAUCCAUAUCCUCGACGGCGCCAUGAUACUCCCACGGACCCUCUACAGCGAUGUACCACCAGAGCGCCGCACUCGCGUAUCCAACAACCCUACCCUCCUGUAUAGCUGGUGGUGCACCAUCUUCUCCCUCGUCAUCAUAGGCUUUCGCAUCUCUGGUCGCUAUAUUCGCAACGAACGACUCUUCCGCGAGGACAAAAUCAUGGCUUUCGCCCUCCUUCCGCUUCUGGCAAGAAUGGGCUGUAUCCAUGUUGUCCUUAUCUACGGCACCAACAACGUUGACGCCGAUGGCCUUACUGAUCCCGUAAAGAUUCAUCGUCGCGAAAUUGGUGCAAAGUUGGUUCUUGCAGCAAGAAUCUUCUACGCACUAUUCAUUUGGACAGCCAAGUUCACCGUCUCCGAGUUCUUGAAGCGCAUGACGGAGCGUUUCUGGAAGCGAGGGUACGAAUUCGGCCUGAGAGGCAUCCGCGUCUUCCUCGCAGUCACCUUUGUCGCUGUCGUCAUAGCCACUUUAUCAGAAUGCCGUCCAUUCAAUCACUACUGGCAGGUCAUCCCGGACCCUGGCCCGCAAUGCCGCCAGGGCUAUGCGCAUCUCCUCACAAUGGGCAUAACCGACAUCAUCACCGAUCUACUUCUGAUAUUCUUUCCUAUUCCGAUCAUCAUGCGCUCCGGUAUGGGCAAGAGGAGAAAAGCGUCCUUGAUCGCCCUCUUCUCCCUGUCCUUCGCGCUCAUCGCCAUAACAGGAGCGCGCAUUCCACUCGUCAUUCAUCGCCGCGGGAUACAGCAAUUCCGAACCGUCUUUGCAUCUUCCGAGAUUCUGGCUGCCGCGCUUGUUUCCAAUGCCAUCAUUCUAGGAUCUUUCCUCCGCGACCGAGGGCCGAAGAAACCAAAAUACAAGCCUAGCUCUGCGACCGAUAGUAUGGACCGCCGGUCUUCCCGCCGACAAACCCUACAGCAGUGGGGCAGCGAUGAAGACCUUGCCCGAUCGCUAGGUUUCCGCGCAAAUCCUGAACUGGUCCACGAACAGGACAAAGCAGCGCGUCCGGCACCGAAGGCUGACGUCGGUCUCCUGUCACGUCGCUCCGGCCAAGUUGUACCUUUCAAUGAUUCGAAUUGGAAUUUCCCACCGGCGGAAACGACCGCAUCGCGCGAGAGUGGAGGACUGGAUCCGACCGCUAGAGCGGUAGACGAGCCUUUGGUCAGCCCAAGAGGAGCGAGAAGAGUAUCUUUUUACGAUGUCGGAGGUCUGUUGGAGAAUGGGCAAGCUCCCUCGCCAACCGAUUCGGUAAUCGCUCACGACUUCGCGACCCAGCAGCCCAGGAGGGGCUCCAGGGCGUCCAUUCCGACCUUCUCGAGCAGUCGAACCACCCUACCUUCAGCCCGUCGAUCCUCACGUGUUUUGGAGGAAUCACAGGACCAUGAACUGGCAGUCCGAAAUAGCCAGCAAGCUGCGGGGCCUGUUCCAUCCGAGACUCAGAGGUCCGCAAUCGAAGAAGAAACCGUCUCCCCCACUCCAGAGCGCCAACGCUCACCGCGCCCUUCUCGCCCGCCUGCUACUCCUAUGAGGGUUCGUAGCCCAACUCAAACUAGUUUUGGCAGCCUUCCAUCUUUAAAAGACGCUGGCGGACUACUUUCCAAACUUGAUACUCGAUGAUACCC